UGAGACAGCGACCUCUAAUUCUCUAGGACAUCUAUCUAUUCAUUUAAAAGUAUGUAUUCAUCGGAUAAACAACAUUAGGAUGUCGUUCAGGAACGUUCUCGUGUUGUUAUUUGUUGUCCUGGUGUCAUCGCAAUCACAAUGUUACAAUAUACUAGGUCUGUUCAAUAUACCUUCGAAAAGCUUACAUUUAGCUGCAAUAACAUUGGCAAAAAUUCUAGCUGGGAAGGGACAUAAUGUGACGAUAGUGACCCCCUAUACGUAUAGUGAAAAACAUGAAAAUAUUAACCAUAUAUUCCUCAAGGAAUCUGCGGAAGUCAAUGAACGUACCUUCACUAAUUUCUUCGAAUUCGAAGUUAACCCUUAUAUGAUAUUCCAUCAGUUGGAAGUGGUGGGAGUGGAAAACUGCCGAUUAACAUUUCAAGAUACAGCAUUCCAGCGAUUGCUUCAAUCGAAUAGCAAAUUUGAUUUGGUUAUAGUCGAUCCGUAUAUGUCUCUGAGCCUCCUCUAUUUCUCAGAGCAUUUUAAUGCACCAAUUUUGUUAUAUUCAUCUUUCGAUGCUAGUUAUUCCAUAAACCCUUUGGUUGGCAACCCUUCACCACCUUCUUAUAUCCCGAAUUUAUUUCUGAAAUACUCCAGUGACAUGUCUUUCUUUCAACGAUUGGAUAAUUGUUUCGUUUAUCUAAUGAACGAGAUAACCUUAAAUUAUUACUCCAUCCCUAAUCACAAUAAGUUAGUGAAGGAGUUUUUCCCUGAGGCUCCCGAUAUUUCCGAAUAUCUAUACAAAGCCACUCUCGUUCUAUUGAACAGUGAUGUAAGCAUAAUGAAUCCUAUGCCAAAAACACCAGGGAUGGUACACAUUGGAGGCUACCAUGUAAGUAGGCCGAAACCUUUACCUCAAGAAUUGGAGAAUGUCAUGAAUAACGCGAAAGAUGGAGUUAUUCUCUUCAGCUUGGGAUCUAAUAUAAAAAGCUCGCAAAUGCCGAAAUCGAGAGUUCAAGAAAUACUUCAAGUUUUUUCGAGACUUAAGGAAACAGUCAUUUGGAAAUGGGAAGAUGAAAAUCUACCGGGAAAACCAGCCAAUGUGAUAGUGAGAAAAUGGUUGCCACAGAACGACAUCUUAGCUCAUAAUAAAACGAAACUCUUCAUAACACAUGGUGGCCAACACAGUAUUCUUGAAACAGUUCAUUACGGAGUUCCUUGUGUAUCUAUCUCAGUUUUCAUGGAUCAAGGUGCCAACUCUUAUAGGGCUGCUAACCUAGGCUACGCUGAGUGGAUACCAUAUGACGACUUCACUUCAGAAAAAUUCGAGAGUGCUAUCAAUAAAACAUUGAAUGAUCCAAGGUACUCUGAAAUGGCAAAAAAAACGGUCAAAAAUAUUACGAGAUAAAUCGAGGACCCCACAGGAAGAGUUAGCCUUCUGGGUUGACUACACCGUGAGGCAUCAAGGGGCUGAACAUCUUCAGAUGGCAGGUUUGAAGCUUCAUUGGUACCAAUACCUUCUUCUUGAUGUUGUGUUGUUCUCUGUAAUUGGUAUUAUAUCAUUUGUACUAGUCUCUAUAUUUAUAAUAAAAGCACUUAUUUCUGGUCUAUGUAAGAGUAAAACGAAGAGAAAGAAAGAAUAAAUGGACAAAAGUGAAA